GUGGCACUGACCAGAGACGAGCCGUGGCUCAUUGGCACAGGAAGCAGCAGGGGCGUGACCCAGGUGUGGGGCUACUGAAGGCCAUCAGCUGCUGACACCUGUGUCUCUCCCACCCUGAAGCACUGUGGGUGUUUGGUUGGCCUUACCCACAUCAAGAGUGAGAUAAGGAGACCUUGUGCCUGGGGGGUGGUGGUGGGAGGGGGGCCGUGUCCGGGGGGAGUCUGUGCUCAGGGCUGGGGGCAGCAGGACUGCCCAGCACCCCACUGGCAGCAUCAUGAGUGGGGGGCUGCCCACCAGCUGUGCCCCAGCAGGGACCCUGCCCAUUCCCAGAGCAGGACCGGGUGUCCCCACCAUGUCCCCACCAUGUCCCAGCACGGAGCCAGCACAGCACGGGCAGAUGUGGCCAUUCCCAGGCAGGACGCUGAGUGCGAUAAGAGGGGGCCAUGAGGCUGAGGAGCCCCUGUGCCCACAGCGUGGGACAGUCCCCACAUGGCAGUGGCAGGUGGGGCCACUCCAAGGUCACCAGCAGUGUGGACACUAUAAGAGGGGAGAGCAGCCCCACUGCAGCACCUUUGAGCACCGCAACCAUGCUGGGAGCCAUCUGCCUCUUCGUGCUGCUGGGCUAUGCCUACGGAUGCGGCCAGCCGGCCGUGCCACCACAGCUGAGCACCCGUGUGGUCGGUGGGGUUGACGCCGUAGCCCACAGCUGGCCAUGGCAGAUCUCACUGCAGUACACCCGCUAUGGAUCGUGGUACCACACUUGUGGUGGGACCCUCAUUGCUCCCCAGUGGGUGCUGACAGCUGCCCACUGCAUCAGCUCUUCCCUGACCUACCGUGUGGUGCUGGGCAAGCAGGACCUGGCAGUGGAUGAUGAGGCCGGCUCUGUGGCUGUGGGUGUGGAGAAGACCAUCGUCCAUGAGAAAUGGAACUCCUACCUCAUCAUCAACGACAUCGCCCUGGUGAAGCUGGCAGAGGAGGUGCAGGAGAGCGACACCAUCCGCACCGCCUGCCUGCCGGAAGCUGGCAAGAUCCUGGCCAACAACGCCCCCUCCUAUGUCACCGGCUGGGGACGCAUCAGGACCAACGGCCCCCUGGCUGACAUCCUGCAGCAGGCUCUGCUGCCCGUGGUGGACUAUGAAACCUGCUCCCAGAGGGACUGGUGGGGCAGCAAUGUCCGCGAGACCAUGGUGUGCGCCGGCGGUGACGGCGUCGUCUCUGCCUGCAACGGCGAUUCUGGCGGCCCCCUGAACUACCAGCGCGAUGAUGGUGUCUGGGAGGUGGAGGGCAUCGUCAGCUUCGGCUCCGGCCUGAGCUGCAACUUCGCCAAGAAGCCAACGGUCUUCACCCGGGUGUCUGCCUACAUCGACUGGAUCAACGAGAAAAUCAGCGCAAACUGAGGACGCAGCAUGUGGACAUGCCACUCUUGAUAAAAGCCAAAAGCAAAAGUGCUGUGCUGGUCUGGCUGGUUUUUUUUUGGGUGGGCAUGUGGUGGAGCUGGGGACACACAUCCAGGGCUGGAGCUGGUAAUGCCCAUGUCCUGUUUGUGUGCUGGGGAAGGUGUCCCUGUUGUGCAGUGGGGCUGGGCAGGGCUCUGGGAAGGCAGCUGGGCACAUCCUGCAAGAUGCUUUCUGUCCUCAUGGCCAUGACUGAGCCAAGGGGCUCGAGGUUUGACAAGUAGUUGGAUGGGAGAGGAGCUGGGGUCUGUCCAGGUUGUUCAGGGGAGCUCCAGGGAGCCCAGCUAGCCCUUGGGGAUGAUCUGGAACAGUUGUCCCAGGGUGCUUUAGGAGACCCCACUGGCACUGUCUAGAUGAGGGCUGACUUUCUAAUGGGGAACCGGGUUGGCCUUGGGGGGCUUGAGAGAGUCUGACUGGUUCGGGAAGCGGUCGGGGUGCCUGCAGGAGCUCUGUUGGAGAUGGAGCCCUUGGGAGCUGUAUGGCACUGCCAGCUCCAUCUCUAGGACCUGUCAUGUGGCCCAGGAGCAGAGCAUCUUACCAUGGAUCUCCUUCCGUGGUGGCUGGAGGAACAAGUUGGGUGUGUGCAGCUGACAGAACCCCAAGCUAUGGGGUUCGCAGGAGGAGCCACGGCUGCACUGGAGGAGAGAGGGAAAAUUUCCAGGAGAAAGGCACCAUGGUGUGAGAGCAGGUAUGGAGGGGCUGUCCAGGAGAUGGGAGUGGGUGCUGCACCGUGAGCCCCUGGGCAGAGCCAUCCCUCACAGAUCCUCCCAUCCUGGCUGCGGUAGCCCGGCCGUGAUCCCCAGCAGGUGAGGAGGUGGAGAGCGAGCUGGGAUGGAUGGCAGCACCUCAGGCUUGGCAGGGGACAUGAUGGGCAGUGCCUGGUUUAGAAGCCAUGGUGCUACUGGACACUGAGCAGCACUGUCCCCAGCACAGAGCAACACUGGCACCUGCACCAGGGACCAAGAGCACUGGCACGAGCCCUGGCACGUGUGAGCCCUGCCACCCUGUGAGCUCUGCCACCCUGUGAGCCCUGCCACCCUGGGACUCUCCAGGGACCCCCUGGCACCAUCUGAGCCUGACAUUUUAGUAGGUGAAGAAGGAUGCAGGGUGGGGAAAUGGUUUGGAUGGACAGGAAAUGUGCUGUGGCAAAGGAUCUGUAGGGAUCACCCCAAAGGCAAUUAAAGGCCUGCUAGAUGAUGUGUGGAGGUGACCACUCUGCACAGCAGGAUGGGGUCAGGUGCUUGGGAUGCCAGACUGAGAUUGGCAGCAGGAUCUGCUGCCUUGGAUGGAGAGCUCCAGGCUGUCCAUGGGAAGCUGGGCAGUGUGGGGUGCCCCUGUCCCCUCUGCAUGUACCCACAUGUGCCACAGGGACGGCUGUUUGGGCGGGGAGUGCAGGACCCUGGUGUCACAGCCUGUUGUGUGUGUACCUGUGCAUUGAGUCCCAUCCUCAGAGCGGGUUUGGUGGAUGGAAGAGCCCCAGACAAGGUCCCAGAGUGCCACAAGCCUCUGUGCUGGGGCAUCAGCCCUGCCCCACCCAGCCAGGCAUGGGCACCCCCCUGCAGUGUGUGUCACCCCAACAGCCAGGGUCCCCCUGCCCAGGAGGUGGUGCAGAGUUGUGAUCCCUCUGGGUGAAGAACCUUUCUCAACCAUCCAGUCUUUCCUUGGACACAGCUGCAGCCGUUCCCU